AUGCCUCACAUCUGCAGUAAGAGCAAAUCGUCAUCAUACUUUGCUUCGGCAAAUGCCGUUAAUCAAUAUGCUCCUGAUACCGUCAUUGAGCCCAUUCAUCUUGACAUCUCUUUGCAUCUGGAUGAUCUGCAUGACAAGACUCUCAAGGCCAAAGUCAUAACGACAUUUGCUCACAAUGGCUUGUCUUUGCCUUCAUGCAACGCGUCUUCCUCUACCACUGCCCUCAAUGCAGAAGCAUUCCAACAUGUCAAAGUCUCCGGUGCCUCAUUCAGCUACGACGGUCAUCGCAUUCAGCUCAAAUGGGACACGCCUUUUGCCAAGGACGAACAGCGUAAAGUCACCAUCGACUAUAUCAUCAGUCAUCCCACUGCUGGUCUCUAUUUCCAAAACGAGGAUUCCAUCAUGGGCGCACAGCCAUGCUGGUUGAUUACAGAUCAUGAAACUGAAAAAGCGCGUUAUUGGCUACCUACUGUCGACUAUCCAACAGUGCGCACGACGUUGACAUGGGAUAUUACGGCCCCUCAAAAGUACACUUCUUUGGCCAACGGCAAAUUGCUGUCGGAUGAAACAAAGGAUGGCUACACUACAACGCGCUGGCAACUUGAUUAUCCAUGCCCAUCCUAUCUCGUAUGCUUUGCCGUGGGUGAAUUCAUUUCGGUUGAUGCUGGUGAAGUGGAUGGCAGACCUAUCAAGUACUUUACUGCCGAAGGUUAUAAACAAGCUGAUCUUGAAAGAGCGUUUGACAAGACGCCAGAGAUGAUCCGAUGGCUCGAAGCUAAAGUGGGCGUUACAUUCCCAUGGCCAAAGUAUUACCAGAUUGCAUUGCCAGCAAUUCGUGGCGCAAUGGAGAACAUCUCUUUGGUGACUUGGACCGAUACAUUUGUCAUUGAUGAGAAGAAUGCAUUGGAACGCAAAUAUUUGACGGAUCUUGUCAAUGUCCACGAAAUGGCCCACACCUAUUUUGGUGAUCUUUUGGUCAUUCGUCAUUUCGAACAUGCUUGGCUCAAGGUGAGGCUUGUAGCAACCAUGUCAAAUAUGGAAAUACUGACACAUUUAUGUCAUUUGCAGGAAAGUUGGGCAACCUAUAUGGAAUCAUGCUGGUUACAGGAUAAGAAAUCCGAGAACGACUUUCGAUAUGAGAUGAUGACCAAUGCCAAAGGAUACAUCAAGGAAUGUGCAAAGUACAUGCGUCCCAUUGUUACUCGCAAAUAUGAUUCCUCGUGGGACAUGUUUGAUGGCCACACCUAUCCUGGCGGCGCUUGGCGUAUCCACAUGCUUAGAAAGAAGCUUGGUGACGAAGCGUUUUGGGCUGGUGUCAAGCUUUAUAUCGAUGAGUUUGCAAAGUCGACCGUUCAAACAAGCGAUUUUCAGAGAUGUUUGGAGCGAGCAUCCCAACUCAACUUGCAACGUUUCUUUGAUGAAUGGGUUUACUCAAAGGGAUAUCCUACCUUCAAGGGCUCGUUUGACCAUGAUCUUGCCAAUGGCACUGCACGUAUUUCUUUGACCCAAACGCAAGUUUCCGACAAUGACAACAUUCCUUUGUUCGGCUUGGAUAUGGAGAUUGAAUUGACGGAUGACAAGGGCCAAGUGUACAAUACGACGCUCACUUUUGAUCGAGAGGCAACUGCAAUGGCCACCAUUCACCUCAACAGCAAGGAUGCUCAGCCCAAAGUAUUGAGAGUUGAUCCAGAAAUGAAAUUGCUUUACACCCUUGAGAUGUCAGCUGGUGAAUCAGUGCUCCAACAUACUGCUACCGAGGCGGCGGAUGUACAGAGUCGUGUUUGGGCAUACAAUGAGCUCGUGAAAUUGGGAACGUAUCCAGCAUUAAGCUUUGUCGCCGAUCACAUUGUCAAGGAGCCAUUCUAUGGAGUUCGCAUUGAAGUGUCGUCAGCGCUUGCCAAGUUGAAGAGUGCACAAAGCUUGCAAAUCCUAGCCCAUGUGCUUAAGAAUGAAAAAGACCCAAUGGCAUUGUGGACUAUCGCUUCCGUGGCCCGAAUUGAAGAUAAUCAUAUCCGUGAUGCAGCUUUGGAACGGCUUUCCCGCCACGAUGAGCUUCCCUAUCGUGCACAUGCAGCUCUAUUGGUUGUACUUGCUGAGCAGCACCGGGAUGAAGAUUUGGAGUAUCUUCUCAAGGUUGCCAAAGAUGAUAGCAAGAUUGGUCAGCAUGGCUUAAUUCGUGGUGGAGCAUUGAAAGCGCUUGGCUAUCAUCGUAGUGAAGAAGCCUUCCAGUAUCUCAUUUCACGAGUUGGUUACAACAUUGAACCAAUGCGAGCACGCUUCCAAGCUGUUGAUGGAUUGGCUUACUCGACAAGCUGGCAAACCGAUCGAUUGCAAAAGCAGGCAAAGGAAACACUUGUGAAAUUGGCACGUGACCCCAACUUCUUGGUACGAAUGACGGCUGUUGAAUCAUUGGUCAGCCUUGGUGUCAAAUCCAGUUACAAUGAUGUGGCCUAUACACGAUAUCUUUAUUCGGAAGAUGACCAAUCGUGGUUGGAUCGCAAGUUGUAUGAAUUGUAUCAUCAAGACAUCAAAGAUGCCUCAAGCAAGGCUAAUCAAGAAUUGAUUGAGAAGCUCGAAGGAAGACUUAAAUCUCUCGAAGACAAGCUCCAAAAGUUGACAGCUGCUGGUAAACAAGAGGAAGCUUGA